AUGCCUUGCCAUCCUUCUGAGCCCGAAUUCGCAGUCCGCGACAUUCCCAGUUUGCGCGGCUACAUCGCCAUUGUCACAGGUGGAAACUCCGGCAUUGGCUUUGAAACAACACUCCAACUCGCCCUCAAGGGUGCUCGAGUCUACAUCGCCUCUCGCUCCGCCGAACGCGUCGGCAAAGCCAUCGCAGAAAUGCACCAACAAGGCCCCGAUCUAGAUCUCCACUUCCUCAAGCUCGAUCUCCAAGAUCUCCAAAGCAUCAAGACCACUGCAGCAGAUUUCAUGGGCCGAGAAAACCGUCUCGAUCUUCUUAUCAACAACGCCGGUAUCAUGUGCACUCCUUGGGAGUUGACCAAGGAUGGCCACGAACUCCAAUGGCAGACUUGUUUCCUUUCGCAUCACGCUCUUACCAUGGCCCUCAUGCCCAUGCUUAUCAACGGCGCUCAAGCCGCUCAACGAAUGGAUCGUGUGCGAAUCAUCAAUGUCGCUAGUGACAUGGCUCUCCGCAUGGGUCCCGAAGUCAUCAACUACGACGACCCAAACCUCACCAACGAAAUCGGCAGAAUGGCACCAUACAGGCGCUACGGCCACUGCAAAGAAGCCAACAUUAUCGCCGCAAAAGCCAUUAACGACCGCUACCAACACUUCGGCAUAACAGCAUACUCGCUCCAUCCCGGUCUGGUCAAGUCUAACCUUCAAUCUGGCAACCAGACUUUACUAGGCGCUGUGUCACGAAUGGCCUUCAAGGUUGCUCCUCAGUCUACGCCUCUUGAAGGAGCUAUGAACUCGCUUUUCUGCGCUACGAGUGAACGGGCGUUCAAGAACCCUGGUCGGUACUAUGUUCCUGUGCAGAAGCUUGACGAUCGGGCGAAUAAGUGGCUUGAUGACGCGCAGGCUGUUGAUAAGCUUUGGGAGUUGGCUACGAGACAGUGUAAGGAGGCUGGGUUUGUGAUUGAGGAUUUCCGACCGUACUACAACUAG